UCAGUCUGUUCUAGUUCCGUCAGCGUCAAGUAUUGGUCUCCGGUCGGAUAUUUGGGGUAACAUGGCGGGAACUAGGACACAGGUCGCAGACUCAACAUCGCCUACUUUGAAUGAUCGACGGCUCGAGUACCCUGGGAUGAAGUUUGCUUAUGCCGACGGCUCGGACGACGAAGGCUCGUCAGUUACCCCCGAGUUGCCCUCGUGUGUCUACGCCGCCGCUCGAGGUCGUCUUCAGCUACCACUGGCCUACGUGCAUCAACACUCCAGGCAACUACAUUCAGAUGUUCUACUGGAGAGUAGUAUGGAAUCAGACUAUCAAUGUGGGGGUUCGCCAUACAGAGUCCAACGUGCGGCGGCAAAUGUGCGCGAAAGAAGAAGAAUGCUGAGGUCAGGACCCAAUGGCAGUAUAAACUCGGCGUUCGACGAAUUGCGUGUACAUGUGCCUACGUUCCCCUACGAGAAACGACUAAGCAAGAUUGAUACUUUGAGACUAGCAAUUGCUUAUAUUGCUCUACUGAGAGAGGUUCUAGACGCUGACUACGAUCCAUUAACAUAUGUUGAGAAAUGUCUUCGCGGAGAAAUAAAAGCGGAUCGUGCACACUGGAACACAAGCGAUCUGACUGCUCGUUUAUCAUGGAUCAACUGGGAGAACCUGGGAGUGAAUCCUCAAAGAAGAAGUGUUCUUACAUCAUUAGCGCUAAGUUCCGAUACUAUGCAAUAUCCACAUAAUUGAUUCAAAUGGUUAUCAUACAUUCGGAUCACAAACGAUGUUCUUGUAUUCUUUUGGCUGUAGGUAACAUCUUCUUAAUAGAUAACUAAUAUCAAUUUACAGUUCCGUUACGGGAUGAAUAAAAUAGAUCGAUAUCAUUGUAUUUGACUACUAAUAAUCUUUUAUCUUUAAUGUUAGAAAAUCAGUGUUGGGGUCUCUAACCAAGUACCUACCUAGUUUCUCGAUUGUCGGUAUUAACGCUUCAUGAGGUUUGACAGUGCAUUAUAUGUUAUAUAUAUAUUACUGGUUCGUUUAGAAAUCCUCUGUGAAAAAUGUAAUGAACCGAUUCUAUAAAAAU